ACCCUCCCUGUAAUUCACUAUAUUUGUCCUUUUCUCUCCCUUCCCCCUCCAUCCUACCAUACAGCUACUUUUUUCUCUCGUAAUUUCCCUCCUCUUCCUCCCCUUCACUUCUUGCCUUCCUCCUCACCUUCCUUCUUCUCCACCUUUGCGCUCACCGUCUUUUACUACGCUUCUACUACUGUCUCUGAUCGAUGAUCGGAUCGAAACCGGAGAAAACCGAAGAAUGCCGGGCUCCUAGUCGUACAGUGUUCGUCAGUUUCCGCAACCACCGUCACUGCGUACAUCUCAGUGUGUCGUAACGUCAGCCAUCAUCAAAGUUUUUUUGGGACAAGGGAGGAAUUUUAUUUAAGUUGUCCUCUGUUGGAGUAUAAGAUUUUCACCAGUCCUCUUGGUAGAUAAUGCCACUGUUUGGAAAAUCUCCCAAAAGUCCACAGGAAUUAAUUAAAAGUCUGCGAGAUGCUAUGCUAUCAUUAUCAAAAGAGCCCGGAAGGGGUGACAAGAAGUCGGAUAAGGCUUCUGAGGAAGUAUCGAAAAACUUGAAUAUUAUUCGCAACAUGCUUUAUGGGAGUGGAGACCAGGAGCCCCACACUGAAGUGGUGGCUCAGCUGGCUCAAGAGAUGUACAAUGGCAACAUGUUUCAAGUUCUGAUAAAGAACCUCAACAAAAUCGAUUUUGAGGGUCGGAAAGAUGUUGUUGCCAUAUUUAACAACCUCCUGCGGAGACAGAUUGGUUCAAGAUCACCAACAGUUGAAUAUAUUUGUACACGUCCAGAAAUUCUAUUUGAGCUGAUUAAAGGCUAUGACCAGCAAGAAAUUGCUCUGAACUGUGGUAUGAUGCUGAGAGAAUGCUGCCGCUAUGAACCUCUUGCCAAGAUAAUGCUUUAUUCAGAUGAAUUCUAUAAAUUUUUCCACUAUGUUGAAAUGUCCACAUUUGAUAUUGCUUCAGAUGCCUUCUCUACUUUCAAGGAAUUGUUAACGAAACAUAAGAUGCUUAGUGCUGAGUUUUUGGAAAAUAAUUAUGAUAAAGUCUUUGAAACUUACCAAAGGCUCCUAAAUUCUGAGAACUAUGUUACAAGAAGGCAGGCAUUGAAAUUGCUGGGUGAAUUGCUGUUGGACCGACACAAUUUUACCAUAAUGACUCGCUACAUCACAAACCCUGACAAUCUGAAACUUAUGAUGAAUAUGCUGCGAGAGAAAAGCCGUAAUAUACAGUUUGAAGCUUUCCAUGUUUUCAAAGUAUUUGUUGCUAACCCCAACAAGCCAAAAGCCAUUCUUGACAUUUUACUCAGGAAUAAGGAGAAGCUCGUUGAUUUCCUCACCAAGUUUCACACAGACCGUUCUGAAGAUGAACAGUUCAACGACGAGAAGGCUUAUUUGAUAAAGCAAAUUAAAGAACUGAAAGCUGUAGAAGCAUCUUAACAGUAAGCAAGGACACACUGCUUGCAGGAGGUGGCUUGAAGGCUGGAGAUGAUGACAUGCAGGACAAAAAAACCAAAACAAAACAAAAAAAAAAAUAAGCAUUAAAUAUAACAAAAGCACCUAAAAAAAACACCCCAAAAUCCAACCAACCCCCAAAUAAAACUAUCAACCAGCAGCUUUGAGAGAUAUGAAGCUGAUUUUACAGUUUGUUUGUAUUGCUGGCAGAUUAAAGGAUGAUGAAUCACAGCAAUUAUUGGAUCUCAAGCUAACCUAGAUUAUAAAUCUAAUAAAUGUGAAAAGUGGUUGGGAAAGAGGUGGAGAAGGUGAUCUAUUCCAGUAUUGUCCAGCCUGUUGUAAAGUAAAACAGUGUCCAACUUAUUGGUGAGAAGUGAGUGAGUGCAAGAGAUAAAUGAGUGAGUGAGUGGCUGGCUAAACACAUAACAAAUUGUAAAUGUAUUUGCACAAGAAUACAUUUUGGCCAGAAAACCUUGUUUUUAUGUGGUCACUUUAUAAUGAAGAGACUGUUAAUUUAGCUUAAAAGACAUUUCAAUCGUUUGGAGAUAAAAAAAAAAAAAAAAAGAUACAAAACUAUUUAGCUUCCAUUAUAAGAGUUUAUAUUUUUUUUCUUGGACAUUUUCAAGUGGAGAUAAAUCUUAAGAGAACUA